CUUUCUCAUUUCUGCAUCCUCGUGUUUUAAAUUUCACUUUCAUCUUCAUUUAUUGAAGGUAUAAAUAUUAUUAUUCAUGUGUUUCGAAUGAAGAAUCGUCGAUAAAAACAAAUAAAACCGGAGUUUCCAUUCUAAAUCUACAUACAUUCGAAGUGAAAUCAUUCAUUGCGGCGCAGUGGUUCUUCUGAUUAGUUCUCUUUGCAAGGCGCUUCUUCAUUUACGUACAGCGGUAUAUUGCAGCUUGUUAACAGAACUCGCACAACCGGUCACUUUGAAUAUGGAUAGCAGUAAAGAUACCUCUGACCAAGUCGCACCGAAACCAAGCUCUCAAGUUGAUACCCCCAAAGAAGAUAAUACGAUCAGCGACACUCUCAGUAUGGGAAACAUUAAAGACGAUCCUGCCCAAUCCACACCGAAACCCAGCUCUGAACCCGAUCCGUAUGAAGUGAUAUUCAAAAAUUGUUUAAAUCAAAUGAAAUUUGCCUUCGAUGAGUACAACGAUCCGAUAGAUAUUUUGGCUCAGAACGCUUGCACACGAAGCGAACCGUUAAAAGAACGCAUAUCGAAUAGCAGAGUUCAAGACCCGAUUCCUCAGGUUUCUUUUAAAAUCGAAGCGGAAACAAAACCGGGAACCAGUCAGAAAUCUACUGGAAGAUGUUGGAUAUUCGAUGGAUUAAAUGUGAUUCGAAAACCGUUCAACAAGAAAUACGAAUUGGAAGAUUUCAAGUUCAGUCAGCCAUUUAUUUCUUUCUGGGAUAAGAUGGAACGUAGUUAUUUUUUUUUUAAGCUGGUUGUCCACACCGCCCGAAAAAACGAACCUGUCGAUGGCAGAUUGGAGUCGUAUUUGCGUUCUACUCCGAUAAAGGAGGGCGAACAAUGGAACGUCCUUUUAAAUUUAAUCACUAGAUACGGGUUGAUGCCGGAGGAAAAUUUCCCCACAUCAGACGAUCCGGUACACAGCGAUGAACUCAAUUCGAGGCUAACGAUAAAAGUUUGCGAAUUCGCCAAUUUUUUACGUACAAUGGUCAAAGACGGAAAGAGCGACGCCGACUUGGAGCGUGCAAUCGACGGCAAGAUGUUUAACAUAUUCGGAACAAUAGCCAUUUGGAUGGGCGGUAUUCCUGAUUUGAUAUUUACAUGGAAAUAUUUGGAUAAAUUUAAACAGUACCAAUCGAAAGGACCAAUAACACCUUUAGAUUUUUACAAAAAAUAUGUUGAACCUGUUUUCAACGUCGAUGAUCAAAGGAUUUGUUUAGAAACUGAAUACUGUCUGGGAAACGUAGUCGAACCGGUCCAAUCCUUAGCAAAACUUUGCGACGAGUCGUUAAAAAUAAAAGAGCCAUGUACUCAACUCGUGGAAUAUGUCGAAGAAUGUCAUGAUUUGAUACUAGAAGACGAAGAGCGUGAAAAGGAAGGAGUAGCUAGAAAAGAGGAUUGUUAUUUUCGAAACAAUCAACCCCUGGAAUAUGAGAAUGAUUACGAUUAUUUAAUAUUCGAAGACGAAAAGAGUGAAAAGGAAGAGCUAGCUAGAAGAAGAGAAUUAGGUGCGGAGCAAUUCAUGAAGAGACUCGCGCUAGAGUAUGCGGAGAUGAUGGCGAGUGGAGGAAGUACUGAAGAGUUUCUGAAAAAAGCAGGUAUUCGCUAGGUUAGAUGAAUGAUGACUUUCGCAUUAAGUAAGAUAUAUUUUGUAUGUUGUUUCAAUGCAUGGCUUUGUUAAUUUGAUCGAAUAUUUAUAUUUAUAUUUUUAAGUGCGUUGUAAAUUAUUUCUUUUGAAGAAUUUAUGUUCGUUCAGCGAAGAUGGCUGUGUUAGUUUAUGGAAACCUUAAAAUAAUCAAAUAUUUCUAUUCAUAUAUGCCAAGUCUGUUGUAUAUUAUUUCUUCUAAAAAAUUACACUGAACUGUUUAUAAUUUGUA